AUUUCUGUUACUGACUAUGUAAAAGUUAAAGAUAAAGAAGGAGGAAAAGAGCAAAUGAGCACGAUUAGCGUUCUUUCCGAGGAGGAUGCGGGACGAGAGACCACGCGGACACCAGGUGUACGCAUUCGUCGAGGAGAACCUAGCUCGAUGGAGGGCGGUGGAGCUGAGAAGGAGAAGCUUUCAUCUCCUGCAAUAAAGAGGGUGAAAAUACGGGGGGACGAGGAAGUUUCGAAAGGAAAUGGGCUGCCACAAGACGUGUCGGCAGCGCAGCAGAGUGAUGAGUCUUUCUCUAGGAUGGAUGCUCUACAACUUGUUCUGAAUGCGGUGCAACGGGGUGAAAAUGCAGUGCAGCCAGUUGAACAACAGAUCAUAGAGCACGACCGGGGGAAAACGAUAGUUGGACCACGACCGGGGAAAAAGAUACAACAAGAGCGGGAAACAGUGACCUACGCGACUCAUUUUUCAGCGCAGUCGCAUGCGAUUGUCACAGAACCUAAAGAUCUUGUGAAGAAGCCUCUUCCCAGUGUGAUGGAACGGCCUAAAACUGCGGUUAAGGACCUCCACCAGGAGCCUGUAGUUACAACCAAUAAUUUGAGCGCUGGACGACACCAGUUGCGCCGGCCAUCUUCGACGAGUGGAAGCCCCAGACAACCACCUGUACUAGUGCCCUCUAGUAGAACAAGUGUUGAACAUCAAAUAAAUCGCAGAAGUUCAUCCAGGUCUUCGAUUGAGGGUCGGAACACUGCGCCUCACAUACCGGUAAUCGACGUGAGUGCGGCGGCGUCCCCAAAGGACGCGCAAAAGCUUCACAACACUACGUCGCGACUGUUCAGGCUGAAUGCAGCUGGCCGCGCUACCAUUGCAUCGCACCAUCAGCCAUCUGACCUAUCUCCACCUGCUGCAGGAGAUCUUCAGGCGGCUCAACAUCAAGUUCAACAAACCACUGUGGUCGGAGCUUCAUCACGGUCAAGAACCGCUUCGCCACCCACUCUUGCGAACCGUGUGCCUCGGAUGACACUCGCGGUUCGACGCGCGCAGCGGCCUGAGUCCGUAGUUGAAAGCGACAUGGUUGGGCCGCAGUCCGCAGGGGAAAUCGUUGCGGACCUCCUCAGACGGGGGGCUUUAGCAGCCCUCGAAAUCGUGGCCGCGGGAGGAACGGACGAGCCUGGUCUCAUUCAGCCUGAGGAGCAGCAGUAUCCAGAUUACUUUGCGGUCGAACCGCCAAAGCGAAGUUUUUCCUGUUGGUUGGCAGAUUGGCAGCGUGAAGUUGUCAAGGAGAUGGAUCAACACGGAGCUCGCGCAGGCUUCAAUGUUCAAGAGAGCAGCUUUCUUCGCGAUGCUGUUUCUUCUAGAGAUGGAGCUUAUUCUCUUCUACAAGCGUGCUCAUCUACACCUAGUAGCGUACUAAGGGCUGGUGCACACCAAGAGCAUCAUCCAGAAUCGACGUUGCUCGAUGACUCGUAUGGUGGAACCGCUCGACUGCCGAGAGCCGAGCAGCACCCUGAUCGGUUGGGAGAUACUCGUUUUGGACAGCGAAAACACCUGAUUGCUGGCGCGUCCUUCACGAAUCACGGAGGCCUGAAGUUGCCGUGGCCUGAAGGGCCAUCAGCAGUCCCAGUGCGUCCAAGGGAUAAAAAUAGUGUAGUUUCGUUCUCGAAAACCGACUUCUUUCCCUCAGGGUUGAACCCGGUUUCGAGUCGUGAUGAGCCUACUCUUCCUCGAAGCACAGACGGCCCUAGCAACACAGCAGAGAGCAGCGGAGGAGCAGAACCCGCCACAAGUGUGCCUGUUUUGCAGGCAUACCCAUCUCCGCAAGUGCGUUUCAGCCUCGAGGAGGCGGCGUCCUCUAAUGUUGGGAACAAAGAAGAUGAAGGUACUCCGCUUAUUCAAGUGAGUCGUCCUUCUGCGGCUGUGCCCGCUGCGUUACUGCCGCUGCGGCUGAGCGAAGAGUCGAU